AUGGACUUGAUGUACAGAAUUGGAACUGAAGACUGUCAGUUCUGUCCACUGCCUUCGGAGGUUCCGUUGGGCGCACGCAAUCGAAUUGCAGGAUCCGACCCGGUGGCUCGCCGGUGGAGUACUUGUCAUGACGACGGGCUACACCUUCCGCGUUCGGCGACAAAGCAAUACGAGUACGUCGAGCGCAUCGCGCAGACCGGUGCGGUGGCACUGGCGUUCGACACCGGCACCGUGCACGAAAGGGUGCCGGACGCGAUCAUCAGGGCCGGCGACGAACUGGGUUUUGCCGUGCUUUCCGUCGCCAAGGGAGACGCCGCGGUGGUCGACGCGCAGGAGAAGUUGGCACGUGCUCUGCUCGACGGGGUGCCGGCUCUGAUCACUGCCCUGGGUCGAGCCGUUCACGCAGCAGUCUGUGUUCUCGAUCGGGACGGCGCGGUGCUGGCUCUGACGGAAGGUAAGGAGCGCAGCCGGAUCGUGGUGGACGACGACGGUCACCUGGCCAUUCACCGCCUUGCUGUGAGCGGCACGCUGGCCGUGGCGUCCGACGCCGCCUUGGAUCAGUCCGAGCGAUUGUUGGUGGGCCACACGGUGUCGCUGUUGACCAUCGAGCUUGCCAAGCCGUUGCGGGUUGUCGAUGCCGAACAGCGGCUGAGGUUGGCCGUUACGACGAUGGUGCGCCAGGCCGGCGGUGACGUCGACGAAAGUCUGUUGCGGUACUUCGGAUUCGAAUCCGAAACCACGGUGGUGGCAACCGCCUUGACCGAUGUCGGACCUUUGCUUGCGGCCACCGACAUCACUUCAGCGGCCCUGGAAGAAGAGUCGGUGCCGUACCUGUUGGCCCCGCUGAAUGACGGAGCCGGUGUGUGGUUCGUCGUGAAAAGUGAAGUUGCGGAGAAGGUCACGCGCAGUGUGUAUGCGAGAGUGCGGGAGAAUUCACGCCGGAGUAUCAACGGUGGAAUCGGUGGCGUCCGGCCGAUGAGCGGUGUAGCAGCCAGUCUGCGCAGGCCGUCUCUGCUGCCAAAUCUCUUGUUGAGUGUGCAGUCGAGCGAUGUUCUGCAGUCGAUCGCGGCCGGCGGUCUCGGUGUGCUGGAAGGCUACGACGCCGAGAACGGUUCCCGUCUGGUGGACUCGAUCGAAGCGUUCCUGCACCACAAUGGUCAAUGGGAAUCCGCUGCAGCGCAAUUGGGUGUUCACCGGCACACGCUGCGUAACCGCAUGGACAAGGCUGCCGAGUUGAUCGGCCGAGAUCUCGAUUCCGCCCACACCGGUCCGGAGUUGUGGAUCGCACUCAAAGCUCGUGAACUGCUGCAGGCGGAAUCGAAUUCAGAUCAUGCUCGGCCGCCCCUGAGA